UUGCUUAAAAAACGAGGUGGAAAUAAUUUGGUCAUUGGUGGAAAUAAUUCGGAUUAUUAUCUCAACUCAGUUUUUGUUUUCUCAUCUGAUAUUUCUACAGUAACAUUAUCAUCCGCAAUGUAUUUAUUUCUAAUUGCUUUUCAAUGUAUUUCAAUGAGUAUUCAUUGCAUUUAUUAUCUAAUUGGAUUAAAUAAGUUGAUGAUGUCAAUAACCACAAAAAUGUUGCAAAAAAAGUUUUUUUGGGACUUAAUUUGGCAAAUCUCAGUUCCUCUUGGAGCUGUAGUUCUUCCAAUGUCUUAUUGUUUUUAUUCUAUUUGGACUGAAUAUUAUAAUCAAUGUAAGAUUUUCACCUCGAAAGUUACACGAUCUAUUAAAAAUGUUAAUUUUUCAGUCUUCAAUAAUAUUGCAAUUAGUUUAAUUACACUUCAUGGUUUUUGGUCAACUCUUGUUUUGAUGUAUUUGAAUCCAAGAUAUCGAGAAUAUUUUCUAGUUGUUUGUUUUUUCAAAAAAGUUAGUCCAAAUAUUGCUGGCGCGUCUUUUUCGAUGAAUCCGUUUAGUAUUUCAAGAGUUGUUUGA